AUGAUUGACAAAAUGGCAAACAAUCGUGGUGGAUUUCGGUCCAGAGAUUAUUCGAAUGUUCCAGCAACGGAUCAUCUAGCCUCUAGUCGUGCCCAACAUCGUCAGUCACGAGAAAAUCGAUUGAAAUCAGUGUCUGAUGAUGGAGCCGAUGCUAUUUCUGAUUGGUCAGACUCCGAUCGAGAAUAUGAUGUACUUAGUGAUUUCGAAUCGACGAAAAGCUAUCUUGAUAAUGAUCCGAAGAAAAAUUACAACAAUCUACCGUUUAAUCAAGAAAAUGCAUCUCCUCGAAGCAUUUCUCAAUUUCUAUCUGCUGUAGAAACACCUAUGCCUUUUGCUACUGAUAGCAGUAUAAGCACACAAGUCUCGUUUGUCAUAGAACCUGAGAAACCCAAAACACGAUAUAUUAAGAAUCAAUCCUCUGGCGCUGUCCAUGCGCGAAACAAGAACUUGCCAGCAUUGCUAUUACCUGCCCGACGCAUUCAAUCAAAGCAAACAUCGCCUUCUCGUUUAGCCAAUGGUUCGACGGCAAACAGUCAGGUAUCUGACUCAAAGUCGACAACACAAAAUCACACACGCUUUGGUCUUUCGCGUGAGAAUACAUCGAAUAACAGUUUCAAUGAUCGUAUGCGAGCAGACUCUUCUCUAUCGAACCAGAGUUCUUUUCAAACCAAUUCGGAAAAUGUCGAUCGUCGUCAAACAAUUUCUUCAAAUUUCAGUCAGACGUUCAUGACACGUACAUAUGAAAUCAAAAAGAUCUAUGUUGACGAUUAUGGUCGACUAACAGACACAUUGAAUACCCGACCGCCUCAGCCUCGAAGUCGACAAAAAUGGGGCACCAUUGUGCAUCCGCCAUUUCCCUUAGGCUAUCAACAAAUUUCAUCGGAACAAGUCACACAAGUUGUAGAACGCUUAACAAGUCCCGUGCGAUGCCGCGAUCGACAUACACCUCUUCCGCCAGCGACAACAACGAAACGAUAUCUAUCCGUAGAAGAAACAGACGCACUGAUCAACCGACUGAGUAGAGUAAAAUCUGUUCGAACAUCCGAACAGUAUUGGCCUGUAGUACAGCGACAACCAGCUUCAAUUAAAACAAUGCACAAUAAUUGGAAAGGUGCUGGUAUACCAGUGUAA